AUGGAAAUGGGAAGAAGUUCGAUCCUGAAGAAGCUGGAAAAAUACCUGAUGAGCAAUGAGAAGCGAGGAGGGAAGCAAUCAGGCAAAAGCAGCAAGAUGUUGGUGAAGAGCGGAUCGUGGCCCAAAAAGACCAAAAUGACCCCAAACGGAUGCUUCUCUGUGUACGUGGGCCCUACAAGGCAGAGGUUCGUGAUCAAGACCGAGUCAGCCAAUCACCCGCUGUUCAGGAUGCUGCUGGAGGAUGCUGAGCUGGAAUAUGGCUUCAAAAACGAGGGCCCUUUGCUGCUGCCGUGCGACUGUUUUGGCCGAGAUGGACGGUGGAGAUCAUCCGGACUCUUGUGGGCCCACCUAUGCAUGCGCCAGCCCCUUCUUGACCAGAUGGAAGCCGAAAAAGCACACGACAAGCGGAAAAAUCCCGUACUCAAGAAGCUCGGGAGACUUCUAACCCGGAAAAAUCAAUACGUGUUUUCAAAGAGCCGAUCAUGGCAUGUCGAGAACAAACGCCACAAAAAGACGAAAAAUAAUACACCAAGAGGAUGUUUCACGGUUUAUGUGGGGCCCGAUAAGCAACGUUUUGUGGUGAGGACUGAAUCGGCCAGCCACCCUCUAUUCAAGAUGCUGCUUGAAGAUGCUGAGCUGGAAUAUGGUUUUGAAAGCGGGGGCCCUUUGCUCAUUCCAUGUGAGGUAGAUCUCUUUUGCAGGAUCUUGGCGGAGAUGGACGGCGGGGAUGGGCCGGGUGAAUAUGAGUGUGGUUUGGGCCUUGGGUGUGGGAGCCCGUUCAGCCCAGCUAGGCGUUUGGGUAAGAGUGAGAUGGGUAGAGUAAUAUUUUUCUCCAAUAUCGAAAUUUAA